AUGGUUGUUGUUGGUGACGAACCAAAUGGAGAAGAUGAGGCAGUUGAUGUUAUUGGCGUAGAAAACGAAAAGAUGCUUGUUGAUGUUGUUGUAGAACCAAAUAAACUACUCGCUGAUGUAUUUGUCGCCCCGAAUGGGUUUGUCGUUGUUGAUGUUAAUGCAGUUGUUGUAGUCGUCCCGAACCCGGUGCCAAAUGGUACAAUAGUUGGAGUUAUUGGUUUUCUAUCUGUGUGA